GCGCGCACCUCUUGCUGCUGCAGCUGUCACUCACCAGCCGGUGAUUACUUGCCGGCACCUGGUGAUUGUCGAGGAUCUUCGACGGGGAGGAGAACUGUUAGUAAACAAAACAGUUCUCCUCCCUGUCAGCUUGUGCACACUGUUUGCAUGGCUGUGCACAGCAUAGCCAUUGAAGCACACAGACACAGCCCCAUAGGAAAACAUAUCCAGCACACAGUUAACCCUUUGAUUGCCCCAAAUGUUAACCCCUUCCUGCCCAGUGCCAUUAGUACAAUGUCAGUGCUUUUUAUUAGCACUGAUCGCUGUAUUGGUGUCACUGGGGAUGUCAGUGACAUCAAGUCAGUUCCCCCCAGUGUCAAAAUGCCCACCGCAGUCCCGCCAUAAGUUGCUGA